AUGGCUAUUUGGGAGUCUCUGCCAACGGAGAUGGUCACGACGAUCGCAAACUUUGCCGAUUUUCGUUCGAAGUUUGUCAUUUUUGAGCCCUAACAGUGCUGAAAACAUAUUUUCAGAUUGGCUCUCGGUGCAACUACAUUAGCAAACUAUAUGGCUGUGGAAAAAUCGAAAUUGGACAUCGUGGAAGUGGAUAUAUACAUCUUUCAAGUCAGACAUAAGUUGUCCAUCAAGUUAGCCGACGGUAGCCGCUUUAAGAUUCACGCGUGCAGUGUCGCAUAGUGAGUUAUUGGAAGACAAUAAGAUAUGACGUACAAUAUUCAUUUCAGCGGAACCGGAGUCUCUGGAUACACGAAGUUGGUGGAAUACCUGCAUAGAGCACUGAAGCGCGGCUCGGGUCCUAUUUCCAAGUUCAUCUUCAAAGGCGAACCGGUUCGUUCCCUCCUUCAUUGAUCAAUUCAGUUGGUAAUCAUUGACACAUUCAGAACGGUGCGUACACUGAAAUCUUCUCACACCCGCGCAUCAAGUUUUGCUCGGAAGUCAGACUUCAGUGCAACGUCAGUGACACAGUUGUCAACAAGUGGCUCUGUCACUUCCCAGCGAACCAAAUAAAAAAAAUGCAACUGCUCAUGCUUCGCGGAAUGAUUCCACUUUUUCCACAGGUACUAAUUGCACUCUAAUAGCAGACCAGCAACUAUAUUUUGCAGUUUUUCUACCUUCGAUACCUCAAACUGUCGUUGUGUGACGUUGACCUCAAAGACUUUGUGAAUUCUCCGAUGCUCGAGUCCUUCUAUAUUACGGAUUGCCGCGUCCGUAGCCUGUCACAGUUUUUCAAGUCAUGGGCAAAUGCUACCAACGGGGAAAUGGAAAACCUGAAAUUUUUCGUAAUUGAUUAUUUCUCAAACUGGCAUCUACUCAAGGAGGAUCUACAGGAGUUCAUUCGCGAGGUACCGGUUCUAACCAAGACCUGCGGCUACACCGAACGCUUCCUCAUCCGCCGUCUCAAAGAUAAGGCUGUGGCCGAUUUGCUGUUCACCGCUAGUGCCAAUAAGCUCAGAUUCCAAUUUGAGCCGAACAGAUACGUCCCGAUUCACUGUUGGUCGAUGUAUGAAAGGACCGAUAUUGUUCCGCUCUGGGGCGAGCAAAGACCUUUUUAUAUCCCGGAGGAGACGGAAGAAUGGAAUGAAAAAAAUGAAGAAUAA